AUGGCUUCUCCGGGGAAUAGCAUGCACAAUUUGACAACCUUGAUUAAGAGACUUGAAGCUGCCACUUCCCGGCUCGAAGACAUUGCAACCUCCAUAGACGGCCCCGGAGCUUCCAGCACGAACGGUUUGGCCGGCGCUGCUGUAGCCACGUCGUCAGCCUCCGGCGCUACCCCUGAAACUGCCACACUCGCCCCCGAACCUCUGCCAAAGUCUGUGGAAGCCUUUGACAAGAUCAUCGAAGAAGAUGUCGACGCUUUUGUGAAAGCUGCAGCGAAGAUCGGAGGUCUGGUGGAAGAACAGGCCAAAGCUGUCAGAGAUGCAUUCGAGGCCGAACGGACAUACCUCCUGGUAUCCACGAAAGCCAAAAAGCCCGACCCGCAACCACCGGAAUUGAUGACCGAACUCCAUCGAUAUACCUCUACUGUGGAUGAAAUACGGGAAGCCAACCGUCCCUCCCCACUCUUCACCCAUCUCAGUGCCAUUUCCGAAGGCAUUGUAGCAUUAGGAUGGAUUGUUGAGAAGAGACCUGCCGAUUUUGUAACAGAUACUCUCGGAGGCGCUCAAUACUACGGCAACAAGAUUCUUAAGGAGUAUAAGGAGAAGGACAAGACGCAUGUCGAAUUUAUCCAAGCCUACUACAAGAUCUUCCGAUCACUUGCCGCAUAUGUGAAAGAGUUCUUUCCUACCGGUCUCACGUGGAACAACAAAGAUGGUGUUGAUGCUCUUGAGGCCCUCAAGCAGGUACAGGCCGGCACGGGGGCUGCGAAAUCACCAGUCGCUGCUGGAGGUCCACCUCCUCCGCCCCCACCUCCGCUGCCCAAGUUUGACGAUGAUGGUUCUGCUGCUCCUCCCCUGCCUCCCUCGAGCGGGGGUGCGCAGGCUGGGGACAUGUCAGCCGUUUUCAGUCAGCUGAACCAGGGAUCUGCCAUCACGGCAGGGCUAAGGAAGGUCGACAAGUCGGAGAUGACGCACAAGAAUCCGAAUCUAAGAGCAGGAUCGACGGUGCCUCAACGGUCCGCUUCACAAACGUCGGUAUCUUCUUCGGGCCGUGGCAAAUCACCAUUACCCAAUAAGAAGCCCGACAGCAUGAGGUCUAAGAAGCCCAGUCGGAAAGAGCUUGACGGUAACAAAUGGAUUGUCGAGAACUUUGAGAACACUGGAUCAGAAGUCAUUGAAAUCCCCGCGGAACUGAAUCAGAGUAUUCUCAUAUCUCGCUGCAACAAAUGUGUUCUGAGAGUCACCGGCAAGGCCAAUGCUAUAUCCAUCGACAACUGUGCCGGGCUGUCGAUACUGGUGGACUCUCUGGUGUCAAGCUUGGAUGUCAUCAAAGCCACCAAAUUUCAGGUCCAGGUCGACGGAGUGGUGCCGACCUUGCUGCUGGAUCAGGUGGACGGCGCGCAGAUUUAUUUGUCGAACGAGAGUCUAGGCACCGAGAUGUUCACCAGCAAAUGCAGUGCCAUCAACGUGGUAUUGCCGCCGAAAGAGGGCACGGAUGAGGACAGCAAGGAGUUGCCCUUCCCUGAACAGAUCAGGAGCGUGAUCAAAGAUGGUACUCUUGUCAGCGAGAUUGUCGAGCAUGCGGGUUAG